AAAAUGAAUACUCAUUUCAUUUGCAAAGUUGAAUCGAAGACUGCCUCUUGUUUUAGCUCCCACAUGUGCGUGCACUUCACACUGAAUUUGAUUUUGCGCGGAAAUGUUCCAAGAUUGUGCACAAUGCAUUCAUAAUAAAGUUAGUAAGAGAAACAACUAACUCAUUUAUUUUUAAUUACUUGCAACCCAACCUACAUGUUCAAACUAACUGAUCAGUGAAUCAAGGUCUAGUUUGCGCAGAACAUCCCCGUUCCUCUUCAGCAGGAUGGAUCAGGUUCUUUUUGGGUGGGCACUUUCUGCCCCUCCUCUGGAAACUGACGAAAUCAUGGGUGGACAUGGAAUUUGAACUUGCUGCCGGCUCAUGUCUCCAGUCUUUUCGUGGGCACCAGGGAAAGAAAGAGCACUGCAGUCUGCUGCUCACUGUUGGGGCAUCAGAGAUAUUAGCACUUUUUUGUGAAGGAUUGCAUUUGGAGAAUCAGGAAUAGCCAAGACUGCCUACAGGAAAAAAACUGAGAUGAUGUUGGACGUGAAGCACAUCCUCUGGUUGCUCUGUGCCUGCAGCGCUACUGUAAUCAACGAUGACUCUGCUCGUAGGAUGAGGGUGGAGAGGAGUUCUCCGGUGAGGGGCUCGCUGGCGGAGCAGGUGGUCCUGCCCUGCUAUUUCUCCAUCCUGCCGCCUCCUACAGGCAGCUCCAGCACCUCCACCACUGCAGCCACGGCCUCCAGUGCCCACCCGGACCAUCUCCGCAUCAAGUGGACUAAACUCGUGGGCGAUGAGGAAACUGUAGUGAUAGUGACCCAGAAUGGGUUCCUCAAGAUCGGGCCGGAGUUUAAAGGCAGGGUAUCGGUUCCCAGCCACUUUGAAGAUGUGGGCGAUGCGUCUCUGACCAUAGAGAGGCUCAGGGCCAGUGAUGCGGGAGCUUACCGCUGCGAGGUCAUGCACGGCAUUGAAGACACUCAACAGUCUGUCUCCCUGAAUGUCAGCGGUGUUGUGUUUCAUUACCGCUCCAGCACUAGUCGCUAUACUCUAGAUUUCGAGCACGCCAAGCAGGCCUGCAUUGAUGUGGACGCCACCAUCGCCACCGCAGAGCAGCUUUAUUCAGCCUACGAGGAUGGAUUUGACCAGUGCGAUGCCGGAUGGCUGGCCGACCAAACCGUCAGAUACCCCAUAACGAGACCACGUGAAGGCUGUCACGGCGACAUGAUAAUGAGGCCAGGAGUCAGGUCAUACGGACUCCGAAAUUCCUCUGAAACGUAUGAUGUGUACUGCUAUGUAGGAAAACUGCAGGGUGAGGUGUUUUUCACUGCUGCUGAUGUUAAGAUGACUCUAGCUGAGGCCAGGGAGGAGUGCGAGAGACGGGACUCAGUUUUAGCGUCCCCAGGUCACCUGCAUGCAGCCUGGAGGGCUGGCAUGGACUGCUGUGACUUCGGCUGGCUGUCUGACGGCAGCGCCCGCUACCCCGUCUCUGUACCCAGACAGCAGUGCGGCAAAGGACAGCUGGGCGUGAGGACUAUGUACCGCUUCAUCAACCAGACCGGAUUUCCCUUACCGAGUGAGAAGCUAAGAGCUUUCUGUUUCAAAGGAUGGGAUCCCACAACUGUACCCCCAUCUGGACCAACAACAUCUCCAGUUCUCUUAGACAGCCAUCUAAUCUUUUCCCUUAAAGCAGUCUCUUCUAUGCCAGCCCAUGGUACCACAGAAGAGCCACCAUCCAUGUUCUCUGCAAGCAUGACUUUACGUGACAGAGCCACCCCUGAAGCGUAUCCCUCUGCUGAAGCCAUUGCUGUUGUACCAACUGAAGCUGAGAGAAUUUUGGAUAUGGAAACCACAACAUUUAAUGACUAUGAAGACAAAGACAGCUUCUUGGUGCAAGGGGUACCCCAUGGUGUAGAUAACUCCUUUGCUGUCCAGCUACCUUCAGCUACACCUUCCACACCUGAAUUGCCACAUUAUUCAGAUUCAGUCUCUUCUAUGCCAGCCCAUGGCACCAGAGAAGAGCCACCGUCCAUGUUCUUUGUAAGCAUGGCUCCACACGGCAGAGGCGCUCCUGAAGCGAAUCCCUCUGCUGAAGCCAUUAAUGUUGUGCCAACUAAAGCUGAGACUGUUUCGAAUAUGGAAACCACACCAGCCCCUACUACACCUGGAAUGCCCCAUUAUUCAGAUUCCUUUUUCUCUAUCCAUCUUCCCCGUCAGCCCACCGCAGGGAACAUGCAUCCUGGGAUGGAUACUCCGCAUGGGGGAGACAAUGAUGUGGAGGGUAGCAGCAGUGGUAACAUGGAUACUUCUGAGAGUGUGAUUCCUACUUCACCUAUGUUAACUACAGACUUGCAAGGAGAUCCAGACAAGCCAAAAAUUGUGUACAAAGAGGAUGAAACCACAGCAAACAUGACUGAAGGAAGUCUGGAGUCCACUUUGCUAACCCCAGAUUUAAGUAAAGUUAUCUUGCACAGCCAGCAGAUUGAUACCAAGAAGGACGAUGACUUUCCACUGGGCAUCAAUGUGUUCAUAUACAACAUUACGCAGAGAAAUCAAUCAGUUAUUGAUUCAGUAGCAGUUGAUGCUAUUCUAAAAUUCCUUGGAGAACCAGGGCUUUCUACUCCACUUACAACAGCUGGUGAAAGUGAUCCACCUUUAGUGGAGACCUUUAGUGGAGACUUAAUAGGUGAAACAUCAGCCUCUGUUACCAUCACCCCAAAAGUGAGUUUCAUUAAUGGAAAGCACGAGUUGACUCUAAAACCAGACACUGUCCAAACUCUGGAAGCUAGAGGAGACCAGUUUGACACUGCUAUCCCACCAACAGAAAAAACCAUCCCCGUUGAUGAGAUAGAAGUACUUACGGGGGAUGCUAAAGAGACCAUAUCUUCCCCUGAAACAGACAAAUCUGACACAACGACAAGAAGCCCAACUGAGCCUCAUUUCUUAACAAAGAGCUUGGAAAGUAUAACCAUUACAGACUUGGAAAGUAUAACCAUUACAGAGCUGCCCAAAUUUUCAACCAUCACCCCAAAAGUGAGUUUCAUUAAUGGAAAGCACGAGUUGACUCUAAAACCAGACACUGCCCAAACUCUGGAAGCUAGAGGAGACCAGUUUGACACUGCUAUCCCACCAACAGAAAAAACCAUCCCCGUUCAUGAGAUAGAAGUACUUACGGGGGAUGCUAAAGAGACCACAUCUUCCCCUGAAACAGACAAAUCUGACACAACGACAAGAAGCCCAACUGAGCCUCAUUUCUUAACAAAGAGCUUGGAAAGUAUAACCAUAACAGAGCUGCCCACAUUUUCAACCAAAUCUCCAAGCCAGGAAAUGACCCAACAAGCCAUAUCUAUUAGCAUGCACGAAGAAGGUUCAACAGAUGAUGAAGAGGAACUGACCACCUUGGAGGGUUCUGCGGAUGACACACUGCCAACAACUAAUGACCCAUAUGUGGUGGCUACCGACGAGACUGAAAUAGCUGAAACAGAGAAGACUAUACCGGCAUUUGGGGUUGACUGCAAUACCAAAGGACCAGUUGUUACAACAACAGAAGCCAGCAUUGUAGAAAUGAAAGAAACGGAGAACAGAGAAAUGAGACCAGAAACAGAAGAUUUUGAGGGCUCAACCUCCACUGAAGACGAGGGCUCGGGACAAGAUAUAUAUGCAACAGAAGAAUCAAAACACACAACUUUAUCUCCAUCUUUCACUGUUUCAUCUCACAGCUUUACAAGUUCCUUAACAAGUACUCAUCCCAAAGAGCCAAGGCAACCUGUUAGUUUAGCUUUGCCCAGUACAGAGCCUACGAUUUGGGUGGUUUCAACUUUUCAAAAGGAGGCAAUCUCAGAAGAAAGCACUCCUUAUAUUACACACUCUGAGAAAGACCAAGACACAAGUACAACUAAGAGUCCUUUAUUGGUGCCUGAGAUUGAAAAAUAUGUAAGUACAAUCUUCACCAUCUCUGAGGACAUUAGCUCUGGUGAUCAGCCAACUGAAGCAUUCUCAAAACAACCUUUCUCUGCAUCUACUGUUCCAUCCUUUCUCAUUCAACAAACUGAAGAAAUGAGCAUUGGUGCAUAUGAUGAAGCAAAUAAAGUAUUUGAAGGUUCUGCAGAAGACACACCACCAUUGAUUUUCACUAGUGUCCAAACCCAAACAAAAUUCACAACCCAAAGUUCACAAGCCACCAUUGUGCCCACGGAUAGUCUUAGAGCAGUAAUGUCUUCAUCCCAAGAAACUGUUCUAACCCAAAAAACACCUUCAGAAGAGGCAACCACCUCAGUGCAGUCAUCUGGGAUUUCAGGCUCUCAAGAAACUGAUCUAAUCCAAGAAUCACCUUCAGAAGAGACAACCACUUCAGUGCAGUCAUCAGGGUCUUCAGGCUCCCAAGAAACUGUUCUGAUCCAAGAAUCACUUUCAGAAGAGACAACCACCUCAGUGCAGUCAUCACGGACUUCAAGCUCCCAAGAAACCGAACUGAUUCAAAAAUCACCUUCAGAAGAGACAACCACCUCAGUGCAGUCGUCAGGGACUUCAGGCUCCCAAAAAACUGUUCUGAUCCAAGAAUCUCCUUCAGAAGAGACAACCACCUCAGUCCAGUCAUCAGCGACUUCAGGCUCCCAAGAAACUGAUCUGAUUCAAAAAUCACCUUCAGAAGAGACAACCACCUCAGUGCAGUCAUCAGGGACUUCAGGCUCCAAAAAAACUGUUCUGAUCCAAGAAUCACCUUCAGAAGAGACAACCACCUUGGUCCAGUCAUCAGCGACUUCAUGCUCCCAAGAAACUGAUCUGAUUCAAAAAUCACCUUCAGAAGAGACAACCACUUCAGUGCAGUCAUCAGGGACUUCAGGCUCCCAAAAAACUGUUCUGAUCCAAGAAUCACCUUCAGAAGAGACAACCACCUCAGUGCAGUCAUCAGGGACUUCAGGCUCCCAAAAAACUGUUCUGAUCCAAGAAUCACCUUCAGAAGAGGCAACCACCUCAGUGCAGUCAUCAGGGACUUCAGGCUCCCAAGAAAGUGAUCUAUUCCAAAAAUCAUCUUCAGAAGAGACAACCACCUCAGUGCAAUCAUCAAAGACUUCAGAAGAGAUAACACAACAAAUACCACUUUCUACAUUUGGAUUCUCAACGGAGAAGCCUCUCACCUCAUUUACCCAAGUUUCCAGUUAUCCCACCACCAGUGUUGCUACAGACUUAAAUGUGAAAGAGCCAGUUCAGGUCUUGGAUAGGGCAACUACUUCUGCUACAGAAGAUGUUUUCACCACCCCCAAAGCCACAAGUACUGUGACAUUUGAAGAGAAUGUUAUAGAUUAUGAAGAUGUGGCCGGUCCCUCAAUUGUUGAAGGACAACCACCAUCCAGGGAAGAGUUCACCACAAGAAAACCAGAAGUCUGGACAGAUUCCAGCUACACUGUUGAGAGCCAUAUGGAGGAUUUGCAAGGUCUCACACUUUGCUCUGUCAGUGUGUGUGAAAAUGAUGGAACUUGCUAUUCUAAUGGAAAAGGAAACAUAUGUGUCUGCAUGCCUGGAUACAGUGGGGAACAUUGUGAAAAUGACGUUGAUGAAUGCCAGUCAAACCCUUGUCGCAAUGGAGGAACAUGCAUUGAUGGGUUAAAUACUUUCAGUUGUGUCUGUCUGCCCAGCUAUUCAGGACCCCUCUGUGAGCAAGAUACGGAGGUUUGUGACUUUGGCUGGCACAAGUUUCAGAGCCACUGCUAUAAGUACUUCACACACCGGCGGACAUGGGAAGCAGCGGAAAGAGAGUGUCGUCUGCAGGGUGGUCACCUCACCAGUGUCCUGUCCCAUGAAGAGCAGCUCUUUGUUAAUCGCUUGGGACAUGACUAUCAGUGGAUCGGACUGAAUGAUAAAAUGUUUGACAAUGAUUUCCGCUGGACUGAUGGACACCCUAUGCAAUUUGAGAACUGGAGAGCGGGUCAGCCGGACAGCUUCUUCUCCACAGGCGAAGACUGCGUUGUGAUGAUCUGGCAUGAGAGCGGCCAGUGGAACGACGUGCCGUGCAAUUACCACCUGACCUUCACCUGCAAGAAGGGCACAGUGUCCUGCGGUCAGCCUCCUGUCAUAAAGGACGCCCAUAUCUAUGGCAGUAUGAAGGCACGCUAUGAGAUCAACUCUCUGGUCAGGUACCACUGCAAGGAAGGCUUCAUCCAAAGACACCUUCCCACUAUCAGAUGCCAGGAAGACGGCCACUGGGAUAAGCCUAAAAUCACAUGCCUGAAUCCGUCUACCUACCAGAAGAUGUAUGCACAUAAAUAUCAAAACAAUAACUAUUACAACAACAGCAAGAGACGCUAUAGUGAGUCGACGCAGUACCGUCAUGUCUGGUCAAAAACAGCAGAUGAUUCCAGACACUGAUCUCCAUCCAGAGCUACAGAUGCUUCACAUCUACAGAGAAAGUCUAAAGGGGUGAAGCCAGACCAUGUGCCUGAUGAAUGUUUUAGAGCUGAGAAGUGAAUUACCCUGAGGGACUGCAAAAAAACACCAUCACCCACCCACUGAGAGUGUACUUUGACUAUGCAACAGUCAACAUUGCAUAUUGUAAUAAUGUCUUAAUGUUUUGACAUGGGGAGGGGGGUUUCUGGUUGAAAUGUAUAUAGUAGAGAUAGUGAACAAGUAAAAACAGCUGUGAAUGGUGACUGUUAUUUUGUUUAAUUCAUUUUGCUUACAAGAACUGGAUUUCCUGUUCUCUCUUGCACAAUAAGAGAGCACUAUGUUACGAGCAGAGUAUAAACAGAACAAUUACAGUACGCAAGAGUAAAAGAACAAUAGGCAUUAUGUUGUUAAACAUUGUGGUGAGGGGUGUUCAAAAGAGAUGUCACAGGGCUGGAGGACAAACAAUGCUGAAAGGAGUGCAAAUCAUGACUGGAAAACAAAUCUUCAACAUCGUCUUCCCCGGCAGCAUCCUCACUGGUCGUGAGGAUUACUAGGAUAACAUCAAACCAUUGUACACUCUCAUAAUCAUAUUCUCAUAUGGCAUCAAAAUAUAUAUUUCUGGUGUUUUUUUUUUUUUUUAAAUAUGUGGGUUUGUAAUAUAACCAUUUUUACUUUUUUAUAUGAAUGGCAUGGUAAAAUAUGAAAAUAUGAAUACUGUAUGUGUGGUUGAAUGAACUAGCAUUUUUGUCAAACAUUAUUACAAAUGUUACAUGAAGCCAUAGAAGUUUAAUUUAUUGCUGAAGAUACAUAUAACGAUGAAUGAACUGUGAGAUUUUGAAAUAAUAAAGCGCUAUUACAAUAUUA